AUGCCAUUCGGACUCAAACGCACCAGCAACUUUUCAAAACUAUAUCCAUACCGCGCUUCGCGGGCUUCUAGACGUCGUAUGCAUCACGUAUCUCGACGACAUCCUAAUCUUUUCAAAUACACGGGGCACAACAAACACGUGUCGGAAGGCUCGUGGGAAUCCUUCAAGGAAUGGACCCAUAAACCUGUCGUAAGCCACGCAACACUGAUCGACUACCGAAUCAAGUUCGAUUUGGCCCAUCAACAACCCACACAGCGACCUACUGAUUUCCACCAACACCUCCUGAGUUACGAAAAGUUCUUCGAAGAGCAGUCGGAAAAGCAUCGAUCCGAAGUCAAUUUCUCCAAGUUACUACCCGAACUCCGAAAUGCUAUACUCUCAGAAAGAAGCGAGGAACCAAGCCCACGUCUUCGCCAUCAUCCAAGCAAACGAGGACGUUUGGCUACCAGAUGA